AUGCCUGCAGUGGGCGACCAACACCGCGAUCCUUCUAGCACGACGGCCGUUACUGCGAAUCCGUUUGAUGAAGGGCCACGACGCAUGAGCGAGUAUACGGCUCGUGAUGUAGCCACACUUCAGUCACGUCUCGACAAACAGCUGGGCCCGGAGUAUAUUUCCUCACGUGCAGGACCCUCGGGACAGAAAGUGCAUUAUCUCGCAGCAGAGAAAUGUAUCAAUCUCGCGAAUGAGGUGUUUGGGUUCAACGGCUGGUCUAGUUCCAUCCAAAACAUCCAAAUAGAUUUUGUCGAUGAGAGUCCGAAUACGGGGAAGAUAAGUCUGGGGCUAUCGGUCAUCGUGCGAGUCACACUUAAAGACGGUACUUAUCAUGAGGAUGUCGGGUAUGGUCACAUUGAAAAUUGCAAAGGCAAAGCGGCGGCCUUUGAAAAGGCCAAAAAGGAGGGAACAACAGACGGCCUUAAACGAGCUCUAAGGACAUUCGGAAACGUGCUGGGUAACUGUAUCUAUGAUAAGGACUACCUCGCUAAAGUUACCAGACUUAAGAUCACACCGAGUAAAUGGGAUGCCGACAAUCUACAUCGCCAUCCAGACUAUGCCCCUGUUAAGAAAGAGCCCGUGCAGGCAAAGAAGAUAUCGGAGGAUGUUGAACUUCCUCCACGCCCAGUUGAAUUAAAUACUCGGAAGGAAAACAACAUAGCGCAUGAUACCUCUGCAACAUUCGAUGGGGACGGUGAAUUUGGCAGCGAUGUAUUCGACGAGGCGGAUUUUGUAGCAACGACCGCCGGAAACCCUGACGAGGUCUCCUUGGAUGUCGACACUCCACAACAGUUACAGCGGCCCCAGGCUAAACAGCCAUUACCUCCGCUUCAGCAAAGGCAACAAGGGUAUCAAGCGCGCCCUGCCCCCAGUGGUGCAAUUGUCACUCCCUCCAAGCCGGAAAGGUCAUGGGCCACUGGUCCUGCUGCGGCAGGUCAUGCAGCACAUCAUCAGAACGCAGCUCAUUUCUCCACCGCUCAACCUGGUGCACCUGCAGGAAAUCCGCAAUCAAUGGUGCAAGGAAACUCUACUGGAGACAACAAGCUCAGCCAAGAAUUCCAGCGACCAAAUAACUCCAUUAGCAUCAAAAUCGAAAACACAACCACAGCAUCCAACCCACCAGGCACGAAUCUAGUACCUAUGAACAAUGAGCAGAAUAUAUCUAGGAAUGGACCAAAUGACGCAUCUGUUGGGUUCUAUUCAGCCCGCGCAGUGGAGAUGCUUCGUGAAAACCCUCGAGGGUCGCCAAUGGCGCCCAAAUUUGACCCCCAUGCAGAAAGUCCCUCAAUCCGCAAAACAGCUGGAAUAGACCAUACAAAGAGCCUUGCUGUCUCGAAACCAAUGCUAUUUGGCGCAUCGCAGUCACCGGUUCCUGCCACUCGAAACUUCAUUAAUCCUUCGAUGGAAGUUCACCGACGAAUAGGAGCGCCAGGCGGCAACGGCGGAAUAGCUAGCCCUAUGAAUAAGGGAUUCACAACAUCCUCUUACCGUCCCUUGACAAGGCCAGUAGUUGACAACAACAACAACAACAACAACAACAAUACUAACAGCAACUCAUCAACGACAACGCAAGACCCGGGACUCAAGCGACCACCUCUAAACGAUGUGACCAACGCGCCGUCGUUCUCAACUAGCGGUGCCGGUGGUCCCGGAGACAUCAAAAGGCCGCGACUGACUAAUAAUGGAAGCGCUCACAACGUGACGCCUCACUAA